AUGUCGACCACGACCACGACCUCGACCUCCACACUGGCAACUCCUGCUACUACGACGCGAUUGAUCGGCACUGCCUCGGCCAUGGGGCAGGUGGAGAUCAUCUCUGCAGAACCGUGUCCCGCUUGCGGGGGAAAUAGCAGCACGGAUAAUGCGAUGGAGUCCCAGCGGCGCAUCGAGGAGCUCGAGGGACAAGUACGGGCGUUGACGGUGCGCGCAGCCACGGCGGCAAACAAACUAGCCGACUACGAGGACGAACUACAUCGCAUGCGCGCUUCUCAAGCUGCACACAACAAAUCACAACAGACCUCUUCUCGCCCUUCUUCCUCCUCACACUCAUCGAAGACAUUAUCACCGACCCAGAGAAAUGGCUCGCUCGAUGCGACAGCGCAGCCCACGCAAAGUCGCUUGUCAAGCCUGACUUCUUUCCUCCCAUAUCGCCGCGCCAGCGCCGCGCCACCAACUGCGAGUGCCACUGUUUCUGCAGCGGGCGAUCCGCAGACCCCAACGACUCUGACGAAUCCAUCACAACUAGAAGCUUCUCCGGCUGGUAGUGACAACUCCAUUGAGCUCCAAGAUGCGCUGAAUCGCGAAAAGAGCCUGCGCAAAGCGGCCGAGUCGCAACUCUCGCAGGCCAGCACGGAGCUUGAAGAGUUGACCGUGCAGCUGUUCAGUCAGGCCAACGAGAUGGUGGCGCAGGAGCGCAAGGCACGUGCGAAAUUGGAAGAGCGAGUCGCGGUCCUCGAGCGUCGCGACAAUGAGAAACGAGCCCGCCUGGAAAGGUUGGAGAAUGCGGUGGCUCGGAUCGAGAGAUUGAAGGCUCUCGUGAACGUAUAA